AUGAUAUUCACUCCUUCUCCCCUUGCAAACCCACCCCGCGUCCCCGGCCUCACUCAACACCUCCACGACAUCCCACCCUCCCCCAACUCCGAUGUCAAAACCGUGGCGUUGUAUAACCGGCAUCUGCACACGUGGACGCAAAUCUCGUAUGAUGCGAAGCCCCAGGGUCUGCGUUUCCUGGGCGCGAACACGAGUAUUGCGGGGCAGCCGCAGAAGAGGUAUACAGAGGAGGAGUGGGGGGAGAUUGAGCGGGCGGCGAGGAAGAGGUAUAGUGGUGCGGAGUGGGAGAAGGUUAUGGGCACUGUUGGGCCGGGUCAGUGA